AGCAGUUUUUCGGGCACGCCCCGGGAAGAGGGCGCUACUCCUGCCCCGUCCGGCCCUGCCCGGGGCGCAGGCGGGCCCUGGUGGCAGCCAUGCGGGCCCCACAGGUCGGUCUUUUCUUGGCCACCUUCAUCGCGACCUUGCAUACAUGCCAGGCGCAAAUCAUGAGCGUCGACUUGGGGCAUGAGUUUUUCAAGGUCGGUCUGAUGCGCCAGGGGCAGCCGCUCGAGAUCGUCCUGAACUCCCACUCGAAGCGGAAGACGACCACCGUCGUGUCGUAUUUUGACACCAUCCGGACGUUUGGGGAUGACGCCCUUGUGCACCAAGGGAAGGCGCCCGCCAAGACUCCGCUGUUUUUCCACUCUUUGCUGGGGGACAACUUCACCUCCGACGCCAUCGCUCCGGGAGGCG